AUGCCCCGCGAGUGUCCGUCCUCUCGACUCCAUCACCCGACUCUCUCUCCGCCACUCAGCGACUCCCCGCACCCAGUCCGUCCAAUCAAAUCAGAGGUAAGCAGUGUCCAUACCCCAGCCGACGUCUCCGUCUCUCUCCUCCCCGCCCGUUUGUCAUGCCCCCUCUCACAUCAUCCUCGCGCGACAGUCUUCCUCGACAACGACGCCGACGCCUGCCCCCUCGACGUCGACAACGCCCUCCGCGCCGUUUCCUCACUUGUCCAGCGCCGACACGUGAGCACUGGCAGGGCGUUUCCGUCUACCCAAACGCUCGGCUACCAACUCGUGUUCCCUGACCGUAUCCCCCAGUCCCUCAGCCCACGUCACCCCCACCCUUCUCCGUUCCCCCUUCUCUUCUCGUCCGCGCUAUCUGUUGUCCUCUUAUCUACCUUCUCUCUUUGA